AUGCGAAUUCGCUAUCCCUUCGCGGGUGCCUUUGUAGUCCUCCUUCUGCUAUCCGCCUACGUCGGCCUCCUUCCCCACAGAGACUCUCCCCCCGUAUCCCCUAGUCUCCAGCCGAAUGAUAAAUUCCUACACCUAGUCACCUUCUUUGCCCUUUCCCUCAUCUUCUACUGGAUCCCGGAUACCUCCCGCCGACGCACCCUCCACCUAACCCUCGUCGUUUGCACUCUCGUACUCGGUGUUGGCUCCGAAAUCCUACAGGGCAUCCUUCCAAAUGGCCGCUCCUUCGACCCGUUCGACAUCCUAGCCAACAUCGUCGGAAGUGCCGGCGCAGUUGGGCUAUGCAGCUGGUAUCACCGACGGAUGCUCGAGCGGCGCCGCAAGGCAAGAUUUGGUUCUCUGGGCGAAGGAGGCGACGAUCUUGAAUUGGGGAUGGGACCUGGCCCUCGUGAAGAUGAUGGUCUCGGAGCUCAGGAAUCGGGCGUGAUGGAUUUGGAGCAGGAGGUUGACAAUUGGGAUGAGAAUGCCGUCGAUAACUGGGAUACCGAUGAUAAUGACGACCCAAGUAUUCUGACCGGGACUACUACUGUGGAAAGAGAGGACCAAAAAACGCCUGGUGACAAAACUGAAGGCGGCAAGAGAAGCGACUAA